UAGUAGCCAUGAGACGAACGCUCUACUGCCUGGUUCUAACCUUCCUAUUAGCUUUUGGUGAAGCUGCAGUUAGAGUCCGUCGCGGUGGGGAACACAACGGCGGAGAGCACGACAGCGAGCAGAGUGGUGUCAGGGGCGGCGGGGGAGGCGGAGGCUUCGGGUUCGGCGGUGGCAGUGGAGGAGGGUUCGGUUUCGGCGGCGGUAGUGGAGGUGGGGGCGGCGGAGGCGGAGGUGGAGGAGGUGGAAGUAGCGGUUCGGGCGGUGGUUUCGGCGGUGGCUUUGGCGGUGAUUUCAGAGAUGGACUUGAGGAUAUCAAGAAAGGCUUUAAUGGUAUCAUUGGUAAAUUUGCAAACGGCGGAACUGGAAAAAAUGAAAAAAUUAUAACAACUAAAUCGGACGAUGGAAAGUCCGGAGGUUUUGCCUUCACCGGAUCUUUAGACGAAGGAAAAGGUGGAUAUGGCGGCGGUGGUGGAUACAGUAGCGGUGGGGACAGCGCCGUAUUCGGAGUUGGGUCAGAAAUUAGCAGCGGGGGUUCGCAAGGAUCUGGAAGCGGAUCAGGCAGCGAACAAGGCAAAGGAGCCGGUAACGGCUCUGGAAGCGGAUCAGGCAGCGGACAAGGCAAAGGAGCCGGUAAUGGCUCUGGAAGCGGAUCAGGCAGCGGACAAGGUAAAGGAGCCGGUAACGGCUCUGGAAGCGGAUCAGGCAGUGGACAAGGCAAAGGAGCCGGCAAUGGCUCUGGCAGUGGUUCUAGCGGUGGACAAGGCAACGGAGCCGGUAACGGCUCUGGAAGCGGAUCAGGCAGCGGACAAGGCAAGGGAGCCGGCAAUGGCUCUGGCAGUGGUUCUAGCGGCGGACAAGGCAACGGAGCCGGUCACGGAUCUGAAAGUGGUAUCGGUAGUGGACGAGGCAACGGCGCUGGUCACGGCUCUGGCAGUGGAAUCGGUGGUGGUCAAGGCAACGGCGCCGGUCAUAGCUCUAGCAGUGGAAUCGGUGGUGGACAAGGUAACGGCGCCGGUCAUAGCUCUAGCAGUGGAAUCGGUGGUGGACAAGAUAACGGCGCCGGUCAUAGCUCUAGCAGUGGAAUCGGUGGUGGACAAGGUAACGGCGCCGGUCAUAGCUCUGGCAAUGGUAUCGAUGGUGGACGAGGCAACGGCGGCGGUCAAGGCUCUGGCAGUGGUUCUAGCGGCGGACAAGGCAACGGAGCCGGUCACGAAUCUGAAAGUGGUAUCGGUGGUGGACGAGGCAACGGCGGCGGUCAAGGCUCUGGCAGUGGUUCUAGCGGCGGGCAAGGCAACGGAGCCGGUCACGAAUCUGAAAGUGGUAUCGGUGGUGGACAAGGCAACGGCGCCGGUCACGGCUCUGGCAGUGGUUCUAGCGGCGGACAAGGCAACGGAGCCGGUCAUAGCUCUGGCAGUGGAAUCGGUGGUGGCCAAGGCAACGGAGCCGGUCAUAGCUCUGGCAGUGGAAUCGGUGGUGGCCAAGGCAACGGAGCCGGUCAUGGAUCCGGAAGUGGUAUUGGUGGUGGACGAGGGAAUGGUUCAGGUAGUGGACAAAGCAAUGGUGAAGGAAAUGGGUCUGGAGCAGGUAAAGGCAGCGGACAAAAUAUAGGAGGUGUUAGCGGAUAUGGCAGUGGAGCCAAUGAUUUUAGCAGUGGACAGGAUGGAAACUCUGGCAAGAGGCAUGGUGGUAGCUCUGGCAGUGGUCAAGGCGGUAGCUCUGGCAGUGGGCAUGGUGGUUCCGCUGGACAUGGUGGGGUUGGCGGUCACUACGGAGCUGGAAGCCAGGCUGACGCACACGCACAAGCUAUCAGCAUCGCUUCUGGCGCUUACGGUGACGGCGCGGGACCGCACAGUGGUUCGCUUUGUUGUGGGGAAAGCUCCCAUCCCGGAGCUUCCGGCGCUGCGAGCGCACAUGCCUCAGCAUCUGCGAGCGCCUCCAGCUAUUCGUAAAAAUUUUUUAUGCCAUA